AUGAUAGCCCCGAUCUGCCCAGAAAAUAUCAAAGAGCAUGGUCUUCCCACCGAGACAAUCAUCAAUAUGUAUCAGAAAUGGGGGAAUGGCGGAUUCGGGCUGUUGAUCACUGGAAAUAUCGCUGUCGAUCCGCUUCACCCGGAGGCUCCUGGCAAUAUUGUGGUGUCGAGGGAGAAUGAUUCACCGAAAUUGAGGGCGUUGUUGAAGAGGUACGCAUCCGCAUGCAAAAGUGAUGGUACGCUCGCUAUUGCUCAAUUUACCCAUGGCGGUCGUCAGACCCCAGCCUGUGUCAACCCUAAUCCCAAAUCGGCCUCCGAUAUCCAGCUAGAGGCUAAUACGCGUGGAUUCACCUUUGGGAAACCGACUCCAUACACUCUAGCCGAGCUCAAAACGGAGGUGAUCGAUCGGUUCGCGCUCGCCGCUGAAGUCUGCCGAGAGGCUGGCUUUGAUGGGUGUGAGAUUCACGCUGCCCACGGAUUCCUGUUGGCCCAAUUCUUGUCUCCAUCCACCAACAAACGGACUGACCAAUAUGGCGGAUCUGCUGAGAAUCGAGUACGCAUGGUACUCGACACGAUUGACGAGAUACGUCACCGUAUCCCCGUCUCUACCGGUUUCCUCGUGGGAGUCAAAUUCAAUUCGGUCGAGUUCCAAGACGGUGGUCUCGAGACGGAAGACGCCAAGAAAAUGUGCCAACUUAUUGAGAAUCGUGGCGAUGUGGACUUUGUGGAAAUGUCGGGCGAUCCGGCCGUUUUCAAGGAGACGAAGAUGUUUGUGACGGGCGGUUUUAGGACAGCCAAGUGGAUGACCAAAGUGAUCGAGGAGGGUCAUUGCGAUGCUGUGGGUCUAGGAAGGCCGAUAGCCGCCGAGCCAGACCUUCCGAAGAAAAUCCUGUUCGGCGGUGUGCUCGGGUCGGCUGAUACGAAAAUCGAUCAGAACGAAUUCCCGAUGACGAGCCUAGCCGCCCAGACUCAAAUGUACGGAGCAGGAAAGCGUCCAUUUUCCGAGUGCCAAAAUAUCUGCGAUGAUGUUGUCGACUUGACGACCAAGGAGGAGGCUGACAAAUUUCUGGGUGCUGCUAAGAAUUUCUUCGCCGAGCUGAUGACGGGGAAGCUUGACGACCGGAAAUUCGUGUAUCCA